UGAGAUUGCAUGCAUGGAUUCCAAAUCCGCAGCCUCUCAAAUUCUAUGCCUCUUAUCUUCCUCUACUAAUAAUUUUUGGCUUAAUCUCCUACUUCUUCAUAGGAGAAGUUGACAAAGGGAGCAAACAAUGGCGAGUGCUCCAAUGGCCAGCCAACUCAAGAGUAGCUUUAUUUCAUCUAGCUCAAGGGGCUUGUUUGUUCCCAAGGGCCUUGUUGGGGGAAGCCCAGUGAGGAGCUUGCAGGCCAAAAGCAGGCCCAGCUUCACUGUGAAAGCUAUUCAAGCAGAGAAGACUACGUUCCAAGUGGUCCAACCCAUAAACGGCGACCCCUUCAUCGGCAGCCUGGAAACACCCGUCACCUCCUCCCCCCUCAUCGCGUGGUAGCUCUCCAACCUCCCCGCCUACCGCACCGCCAUCUCCCCCCUCCUCCGUGGCAUCGAGGUCGGCCUCGCCCACGGUUUCCUCCUCGUCGGCCCAUUCGUCAAGGCCGGCCCCCUCCGCAACACGAGGUCGCGGGACGCGGCCGGCUCUCUCGCCGCCGCCGGCCUAGUUGUCAUCCUCAGCAUCUGCCUCACCAUGUACGGCAUCGCCUCCUUCAAGGAGGGGGAGCCGUCCACCGCACCAUCUUUGACACUCACCGGCCGUAAGAAGGAGGCCGAUAAGCUUCAGACGGCUGACGGGUGGGCCCAGUUCUCCGGUGGGUUCUUUUUUGGGGGAAUUUCCGGUGUUACGUGGGCUUAUUUCUUGCUCUACGUGCUCAACCUCCCUUACUUUGUUAAGUAAUUAAGGUGUUCAACUGUGCUUGGGUUGAAAUUUGUAAGUGUUUGGAACGGGAGAAACUUGUUUAAGGCAGUUGUAUAUUUCAGUGAAAAUGGGAUGAAAGUAAUGUGCUCAAAAUGUUUUCUUUUGAACUA